AAAGCCGUUUGGCUAAACGUCAAUCGUCAUCGAGCCUUUUCUAUACUUCCGUUUGUCCCAAGCAAAACAGUGAAUUUUUUAGCUGGAACAAAAUGCCGCCACGUAAGAACAAAACCGUCAAAGAGGAAGUGCAAGUUUCGCUGGGCCCGCAGGUCCGCGAAGGCGAGGUGGUAUUCGGAGUGGCACACAUCUAUGCCAGCUUCAAUGACACCUUCGUGCACGUCACGGAUCUGUCCGGUAAGGAAACCAUCUCCCGUGUCACCGGGGGUAUGAAGGUGAAGGCUGACCGUGAUGAGGCUUCACCUUAUGCUGCUAUGUUGGCUGCUCAGGAUGUUGCCGAAAAGUGCAAAUCUCUGGGAAUAACCGCUUUGCACAUUAAGCUACGAGCUACCGGUGGUAAUCGAACCAAAACUCCUGGACCGGGUGCUCAGUCGGCUCUUCGUGCUCUCGCCCGUUCUUCUAUGAAGAUUGGACGCAUCGAAGAUGUUACGCCGAUCCCAUCGGAUUCCACCCGCCGGAAGGGAGGUCGCCGUGGUCGUCGUUUGUAAGUUGUUCAUUUGUUUUUGUUCACUGCUGAUCGGCGGAGGGGAAUUCCAAUUGUGAACUGUUUUCACAAUUAUUGCUAUUGAAAAUCAUGUGGGAAUAAAAAUAAUGAAAAAAAAGUGAAA